AUGACGCUGACGACGAGAUGCGCCGCGCAGGGAUUCCCCGCGCGUCGCCUCGGCGCCGUGACGUCCCUCCGCGCUCGCGACGCCCGGGCCCCGAUCCUCAGGCUCCCCGGGACCCGCGCGAACGGCGAAAACUCAUCCGCACGCCGCGCGUCGAUUCUCCGCGCGCGCGCCUCCGCCGUACCGAACGACACCACGCCUGCUGUCGCCUCGACCAAAUCCGGCGUCUCCGCCAAGGACACCGACGAGGAGUACGACGUCGUCGUCAUCGGCAGCGGCAUCGGCGGCCUCUCCGCCGCCUCGCUCCUCGCCCGGUACGGCUACAGCGUUAAGCUCUUCGAGUCGCACUACCUCGCCGGCGGUUGCUGCCACAUGUUCGACCACAGGGACAAGGACGGCGGGCUGUGGAGGUUCGAGGUCGGACCGUCCAUCUGGGAAGGUCUGGACAGGCCGACGGGGAACCCGCUGCGAAUGGUGUUCGACGCCUUGGACGAGACGAUGCCUGUGCGAACCUACGACGGCAUCAGCAUGUGGACCCCCGAGGGGCACUGGCGGUUCCAGCUGGGCGACGACGACGCCCCGGGAGGGUUCUGCGACUUGCUCCGUGAAAAGGCGACGGACCCGGAGUUGGCGAUUAAAGAGUGGAAGGCGCUGAAGGGGCGGCUGGAGCCCCUGUACGACGCCCUGGACGCGUGCCCGCUGACGGCGCUGAGGCAAGACGCCGGUCUGCUCUUGAGCACAGUCAUCGCCAUCCCGUUUUACCUGACGCACCCCAAGGUCAUGCUGGACAUACCGUACAUCCUGGACUCGUUCCACAAGCUGUCCAGGCAGUACGUCACCGAGCCGUUCCUAACGCAGUGGAUCGACAUGCUCGCGUUCUUCAGCGGGUACCCCGCGGAGGGCACGAUGGGGGCGACGAUGAUCUACUCCAUCCCCGGUUUCCACAGGCCGGGCGCUUCGCUGUGCGCCCCCACGGGCGGGACCCAGGCGGUGGUGGACAAGCUCGUCGGGGCGCUCGACAAGUUCGGCGGGAGCAUGGAGCUGAAGAAGCACGUGGACGAGAUUAUCGUGGAGGAUGGGGAGGCGACGGGGGUGGUUUUGCGAGGCGGUCGAAUCGUUCGCGCCAAACACGCCGUGGUGUCCAACGCGACGAUCUGGGACACCGUCCCUCUGUUACCCGACCGCGACGAACUCACGUCACAGGGUUUGCCGAACGCCGCGGACUGGAAGGAGGACAUGGCGGAGAUCCCCGCGCUCGGGUCCAUCAUGCACCUCUUCCUCGGCAUCGACGCGACGGGCUUGCCGGACCUCGACCCUUCGCACCUCGCCGUGAUGGACUGGUCGCGGCCGCUGGGUGAUCCGCAGAACGUGGUGACCAUCUUCGUGCCCACGGUGCUGGACCCCGAGGUGGCGCCGCCGGGGAAGCACAUCGUGCACGUGUACACCGCCGGGAGCGAGCCGUUCGACCUGUGGGAGGGGAAGGACCGCAACAGCCAAGAGUACAAGGAUUACAAGAGGGAACGCGCGAAGAUUUUGUGGGACACGAUCGAGCGGAUCAUCCCGGACAUCAAGCAGCGGGUGGAGGUGGAGAUCUACGCCUCCCCGCUGACGCACCAGAGGUUUUUGCGCAGGCACCGGGGCACGUACGGCCCGGCGUUACCCGCGGGGGGUAAGCUCUUCGGGGUGUUACCGCUGCCCGAGGUUCCCCAGCCCGGCGUGUUAUCCCCGAUUCCCAAGCUCGUGCGAUGCGGCGAUUCCGUCUUCCCGGGCGUCGGCGUCCCCGCCGUCGCCGCGUCGGGCGCCAUCGCCGCGGCGACGCUCGCCCCACUGCCCAAGCACCUCGGGCUGAUGUGGGACGUGGCGCGGAAGCAAGGAGAGUUUUGGAAGGAAAACCCGGGUUGGCUCGACUCUUACGCCGACGGCGAACACAAACCCUUCCAUCCGCGGGGGCAACAUCCCGUGGGCGGCGCGGAGCGCAUGCGACCGGAGGAACACUUUCAGGCGCCGAAGGGGAAAGUGAAGGCGAGCGGGGAGGUGGGGAAGGGCGGGAAGAAGGUCGUCUCGGAGGAACCCGUGAGUCGGUGA